GGCAGGAGGGGGCUCGGCCUGGCGGCGGGUUGGAGGGAAAGGUCGGGGAUAGCCCCAAGCUUCCUGCUGCAACAGGUUGCUCCCGAAGCCUGCAGCGGCGACUGACCUUUCUCCUGCCCAGGCUCGAGAAACGUUUGCCGAGGUUCCCGUGGGCGGCUGCUGACCUUUAAGAUAAGCGAGUGCAUGACUGGGGUCCUCUGACGCGCGCCCUCCCAACACCACUCCCCGACGCAGUGGAGACUCGAGUAGCUGCGGCAGUGUGUUAGGUUGAACCAUAUGAAAUUGUCGAUUGUUUUGAAUCAAAGAUUUGAAGAUCUCUGUUACUUUCUCUUAUUCAAUUUAUGUGACGUUACUUAUUUUUCUUUACUCAUUCGUGUUUCCUCUUUCAAUGUCUUCGGAGCUGUUCUGUCAGGAUGAGCCUAGGGGCCACAGACUAUUGCUGUCACCUCGCAGUAGCAGUACAGACCCUUCUACGCCAGGGAUGGUACCUUGAGUGAAUGACACCCUUGGAGAACACUCUUCUGCGCCCUUGCCGCAAGCCAGCCCAGCCAAGAAACUGAAGACUCAGCAGAUCCAGGGCCUCACUGCACCCCUUCUGCACAGGAGCACUGCUGUCUUCCCCGAGGCUUCCAGCUCUGUGGAAGGAGACACCCAGUUCUACCUCAUGUUUGGGGGAUCUUGCUAGCUAUGGCCAUCAUACCUGGCUUACUGCUGCAGCUUGGGCUGUGCUGGAAAACCAUUUCAGCAGGGCAGUCUUCACCCACAGAUGCUUCUGGGGAUUUGAAUUAUGAGUUGCCUACAUCGAAUUAUGAGACCCAAGACAACAUUACAUCUGAACCCACCGACAUUCUCUUUCAAAUGGUGCGGCUCUUUCUCAAAGUGGUGCAGCCGCAUGCUUUCCCUGAAGAUGUCUUCAGAGAAAUCAUACAGAAGAAGUUUGAGCCCACAGUUGAUUAUGAGAAGGUCGCCUACUAUGAGAUGGGGAUUCUUAUAUGUGUUCUCCUCGGGCUGCUCUUUAUUAUUCUGAUGCCUGUGGUGGGGUGUUUCUUUUUUAUAUGUCGUUGCUCUAACAAAUGUGGUGGAGAAAUGCACCAGCGACAGAAGAAAAACGGGCUCUUCCUGAGGAAAUAUUUUGCAAUCUCCCUCUUGGCCAUUUGUUUAAUUAUAAGCUUUGGUAUCUUCUACAGUGUCGUGGCAAACAGCCAUGCAAGGAACCGCGUGAGAAAGACUCGGAAACUUGCAAACAGCAAUUUCAAAGACUUGCGAACUUUGCUGAAUGAACCUACAGAGCAAAUUAAGUAUAUAUUGGCUCAGUACGACACCACCAAGGACAAAGCAUUCUCAGAUCUGAACAAUAUUAAUUUAUUGCUGGGAGACAAAAUCAGUGAACAUCUGAAACCUAAAGUGAUCCCCGUCCUCGAUGAGAUCAAGGCCAUGGUGACAGUAAUCACCAUGACCAAAGAGGCCCUGGAGAACAUGAACAGCAGCCUGAAUGCACUGAGCGAUGGAAAUGUACAACUUAACAGAAGCCUGGACAAUGUUAAAUAUAACCUACAGAGGUCACUCAGCGACCCUGAGUGCUCCACAUACCCAGUGAAUGAAACCUGUAGCACCAUUGGAAUGUCUCUAAGCCAGCUGGGGAUCAACGCGGACUUUAGCCAGCUCCCAUUUGUGGAUACGGAACUUGCCAAUGUUAAGAACAUUCUUAGAACCAAUUUGGAUGACCUGGUCCAAGAGGGCUAUAAAUCCUUUAAUGAAAUACCUGAGAGCAUAGGCAGCCAAACCGUGGACAUCGUAGCAGAUGUCAAAAUGACCUUGAAUACCAUUGGUUCAGAUAUCAACAAUAUAACCCAACAUAUUCCUAUUCAGAAUAUGCUGCCAACUUUCACUGGUUACAUUAAUAACACUGAAAGUUACGUCCACUACUAUUUACCCAGAUUGGAAGAAUAUGAUUCAUACUGGUGGCUGGGUUGCUUGAUCAUCUGCUUUGUGGGGAGCCUCAUCGUGGUGUUUUAUUACCUGGGCUUGCUGUGUGGCGUGUACGGUUAUAACAGGCACGCCACCCCGACCACCCGAGGCUGCAUUUCCAACACUGGAGGCAUCUUCCUCAUGGUUGGGGUUGGAUUAAGUUUCCUCUUUUGCUGGAUAUUGAUGACCAUCGUGGUUCUUACUUUUUUCAUUGGUGCAAACGUGGAAAAAUUGAUCUGUGAACCUUAUGCAAACAGGAGGUUAUUCCAGGUUUUGGAUACACCCCAUUUACUAAAUGAGGAUUGGAAAUACUAUCUCUCUGGCAUGAUUCUUAAUAAAUCAGAUAUUAAGCUCACUUUUGAACAAGUUUACAGUGAUUGCAAAAGGGAUCGAAGCCUGUACUCCGCAUUCCAGCUAGAGAACCUCUUCAAUAUCAGUGAACAUCUCAGCAUUAAAGAGCGUGCUGGAAGCAUAGGCAAUGAAUUUGAAAAUCUGAACAUAAAGCUUAACAUUGUUCUGAUGGAUGCAGCAGGAAGAAAAGCCCUUCAGGAUUUUGCUGAAUGUGGAAUAGACAAAAUAGAUUAUAACGCCUACUUGGCUCAGUCUAGUAAAUAUCCCACAAAAGUGAAUCUUUUAUCAUUUGCAAAUGAUCUGGAAGCAAAAGCAAACCAGACGAACCAAGGAACUUUGGCACAGUCCCUGAAAAGAAAUGCACAAGAUAUUAAAAUGAUUCACGAACAACAAGUUGUGCCUAUGAUAGAGUCCCAGAACACUCUAAACCAAAGUGUCAAGACCCUUCAACAUAUAAACGAUGGGUUGAUGGAGAAAGUGACCAAGAUCCUUCACUCUUUGGAUUCUGUUCAGAACUUCAUCACAAAUACUUCUUCUGUUAUUGAUGAAGAAAUUAAGAGAUAUGGGAGAACAAUAGCAAGAUACUAUGAACAAUAUAUGUAUUGGGUAGAGUACUCUAUCACUGAGGAAAUGGCAGCCUGCAAACCCGUGGCGACUGCUCUAGAUUCUGCUGUUGACGUCUUUCUGUGUGGCUAUGUUAUCAGCCCUCUGAAUUUGUUUUGGUUUGGCUUAGGAAAAGCUACUGUGUUUUUACUUCCGGCUCUCAUUUUUGCUGUCAAGCUGGCCAAGUACUAUCGUCGCAUGGAUUCAGAGGACAUGUACGAUGAUGUUGAAACUAUACCCAUGAAAAAUAUGGAAAAUGGUAAUAAUGGUUAUCAUAAAGAACAUUUGUAUGGUAUUCACAAUCCUGUUAUGACAAGCCAAUUGUAUCAUUGAUAGCUGAUGGUGAAAUUGCUUGAGCAUCAAGACACUCAAAGUAGAAAGGAUCACAGACCUUUGAUAGUCUCUGGGCCUACAAGGACUUUCCAAAUCCGAGAGGAACUCUGGUGGCGAUGUAGUGACUCAGGCGGUCACUGGGUAGAGCUUUGUUAGGAAUGAACACAAGCACAUUCAUAGUCCGUGUAUCCAUCACUAUUCAAGGAUGAUUGCCCCCUUCUCUGUUUAUUUUUGUUACUUUUUUACACUGGGUUUCUAUUUAGACACUAUGGCACAUGGGGUGUUUGUUUCCAUUCAGUGCAUUUCUGUGUCACACAGCUGUUGAAAUGUGAGGGCUCAGUUUCUAACACACCGCUGUAUGUGAGGUGUGCUAAGCACGCAGCAGUUUACAGGAAAGGUGCAUUUCGUGUACAGUAAAUGGUGUAUAUACCUUUUGUUACCACAGUCAAGAGUGGUUUAAACAAAGGAGUAUUGUAGGAUAUUUUUCUAAAUGAGCUUACUGUCUGGUCAGUGUUGACUUAUUGGUGCUGUUGAAAAUAAUCCAUUUUCACUGAAAGUGUAUGAAGCCUUCAGCAUAUCCUUCUUCUCAGAGAUGUGCGUCAACUUUGUUAGUGAUUUGUCAUAUUUGGUUUGGAAAUAGAACGCAAAAUCAAACACAGAGAAACCUGUGUUACGCCCUCUAGAAAAUUCGCAACAGAGAGAGAUCUUGAGAGAAAGAAAUGCUGUUCAUUAGAAAAUGGAGUUGUUUUAACAGAUGCUCAUAACAGUGUACACUUUACUGGAUUUCUCUAAUUUAUAAGGGUAAACAUUAACUGAAGUGCUGCUAACAUAAAGGUCAGUUGAUUUAACAGUGAGGAUUCUAAAAUGAAAUAUAAGAAGAUCCUGUCAUGAUUCUUAGAUUUGGUAUCCAAUGUGAAUGAGUCCUUUAAGUGGGGUCCUUACAAGUACAUGACAGCACAAAGUAAAUACCCAUUUGCUUUGGGAUUCUCAUGUUGGAUUUGUCAUUAUCAAAAGUGAUCAUCAGCAAAAAACUGUUCAGAGAAAAUUUAACAUUUAUGUAAUGCAAUUCAAGAUAUAGGCUUCUCAAUGGAUCUUUUCAUGUACUGAUUACAGUCCUGAUUUAUUUCAAUAAAAAGGAAUUUGGAAAAUGUG